AGGCAGCACCCCGUCCUGUCAAAUGAAAAGAACUGGCAACGAACAAUUAAUAUGGAAAGUCGCGCGAUUGCAAGGGCGCCAAAUAAAAUUCAAGGGAAACAAUUGUAGAUAUAUAAAACUUUAAGAUCGUUUUAGAUCUACACGAUUUAUCUCUCUUACUGGUCGCUUCACGUCAUAUUGUGUUUCCCCUUUUUUUAACACGAGAGACGGGAUAUUUUCGACAGGUACAAUAUUGUAACACCAAUAGCCAGUUUAGGACCAAUCUAGAAAAAAAAUAAUGCCAUUUAUUGCAAUAUUUUGACUUGUAUACCUUAGCUGCAUUCGUCUAUUUCUUAUUCUGACCUACUGUAAUGCUAAAAGUAAAAGAGUAUCCUACGAAAUAGGCUACAUUGUUAAUAAUAUUAUUCAAUUCACGAAGUACAAAAAUAGCUCUUAAUAUCGUAGUAAACGUAUUUUCUAGCAACCAGUGUGUGCUAUUUAAAGUGAGAGAUUCUUAAAUGAUAUCUCUUUAUAGCUUGUUGUAAGUGCGGUGUGGUUUUUAACUGAGACUGGAUACCGUGAUAUAGGCUAAAAGUAAAAGGUUCUCUCCUUUAAAUAGCAGACUUAACAAAAAACGCGAAUCCCGGACUGCUCUUCAGUUCAACAGGUGCCCGUAAGUGUUUGAUCACGUGACUGAGUUUCCCCAACAACAGCAAACGCCGUUUACAAGCAAUAUGGCGGAUGUGUGACCGACAGACCAGGGUUCGCGCAUUGACACACGCCAUGUCGGAGACGCCAUGGAGCUGAACACUUAGCUGAACGUCGGCUUGGAAUCUCGCCCGGGAGACAUCUUUUGUCCAGACGGAACGUUGGCUCCAUUCGGUCAGCAGAACAUCAGAGGGUCUUGUUCGGACGACCUAAUAGUAGGAAAACCGUUGAUAUUCAGAUCAUCAGGAUCCGAAAACCGUUGGUGGAUAGUACAGACAGCUCAGAGGACGUGAGCACCUACUAUUCCGAAUCAGACACUGCAGGCCGGGAAAACAGUCGACAGAAACGUGCUCAGAAGAGGCGGGAAAAUCGUCGUGACAGUCUUGCUAGACCGAGUAGCAGCAGCGAGAGUUUGACAUUGCCGACUCUUUCAAAGAAGGCGUCGAUAAAUGCAAAGUUUACAUUCGUGCCUAAGUUCUCAACUAACUCUAAGAGACGAACACGAAGUGCAAAGUUCACGUUAGGAUCAAAGUUAACUAGAACAGACAACACCAUGGGUAGCGGAGCAUCCAAGGGUGGAGAAAUGGUGGAAGACCCCGCCUACGCCCAGAGAUCUACCGCGGCCAUGAGCGGCCAGCAGGUAGAGUCUCAGGCCGGCUUCAGUGAAGGGCCGCCGUCCAAGUCCCAGGCGAGCUUCUACCCUCAGUCACGGUCACGUGCUCACAUGUCCAGGCCAGGCAUGAGCUCCAUCGCCGAAGGCAGGCAUUCUCGAGUUGAAGGUUACGACGUGCAUGUGGUCCAAAUCACUAAGGACGGCUUCUCCACCAGCGAUGUAACCAUCAUGGAGGGCCAGCUGGUCACCUUUGUGUGGGAUGACAGCUGUUCGCCAAACAUGACGCUCAUGCAGGUGGUGUAUGAUGGAGAGACUCUUCGCCCAGUCGUUGGAGGAUACAGUGCUGCUCCCAAUGACUGUAGAGGAGAAUUCGAACAGCUCUUUAAUUUGGAAGGAGAAUACAAAUUUGCCAUCAACAAAAUCCGAUGCACUCCUUUCAUCGUGAAUGUAAAGCGUCGAGCUGACCUGCACGCCGACGUCGCAGAUGAUGGAUUUAACCCAAGGAUCAUUUGCAUUGAUCAAGGUCAUGCUGUGCGCUGGACAUGGAAAGCUUGCAACACUCCGCACACUGUGAAUGAAAUAUUCUAUGUCAUGGAGCGAGGAUGCUUUAAAAGACAACAUGGCAAGAACCAGAACCUGGUAGCGACUGUCUCAGGAACACACAGACAGCAGUUCAAUCGGCCUGGACUGUACUACUUCAGAACCGAGAGUUCUGAACUGGGAAAGACUCACCUGUGCAUCGUUUGUGUCCGGGAGGCUCCAAGGGAGUACAAGGUUGAUAUUCUUGACCGGACAUUUUCUCCGAUGAUCCUCCUGAUACAGGAAGGUGAUCGCGUAUGGUGGUCAUGGGACAAGAACAAGUGUAAGAAACAGCAUCACAUCUAUCAGAUCGACGCCCCUGCUUUAGACCACAAAGAUGAUGCUCCCUAUGAGCCGACUCCAGAAGGUUUCAAGUGGCAUCAAAAUCCAAGCCACCAAGGUCUGAUGAGCCAUGUUUUCCGACAUCCUGGAGUCUACUACUUCUCUGACCAGAACUAUGAUGAGGCAGCCGAGUACAUGGGCACCAUCAUUGUCAAACCAAAACCCAAGGAACAUCAGGUGGAACUCAAGGGAAAAGGCUUCAACCCAGAUGUCGUAUACGCCAACACUGGUGAUCGCAUCUGGUGGACCUGGGAUGGUGACGCUGUGGCAGAUGUGAAGGAAACUCUCCUCAUCCUGGAGGAAGACAAAGUCUUGAACCCAGUGUCUCGAAAACAAGAAGAGCCGGAAGAUGAAAAUCUCCUUCAAGGAAUGAACUCGGACGCCCUACAACUCAUGACCCGCAGCGGUCUGGCCAGUGUCAACUUCACUACCAUCGGCGUCUACACCUACAAAAUUUCUGAUGUGGCCGACAACUUUGACUCUUGUUCUGUCAUUGUUAACCCUGGUCCCAAGAACCACACGAUACAUCUGACAGAUACAGGAUUUGAACCCAAGGUGGUCACCAUCCGACCUAAUGACAGGGUUUGGUGGGUGUGGCAAAGUGGAAAGAAACAGCACAACAUCAUCCAGGUGUCCCACCAAGGCAUCCCCAUCAAGGAAGGUUUCUGCAGUGGACUCCCCAGAGACAGCCCAUCAGCUUUCCACCACCAGUUCCUGUCUCCAGGGGUUUUCUAUUUCAUCAGCAAAAGCCUUCCAAAGAUUUUCGGAGCCAUAGUUGUGGCUACUCAGCCUCAGGUCCACGAGGUGACUGUUGGCCCAGAGAUCCAGCCUGACCCAGUGACCAUGCAGCUCAAUGACAUUGUGUGUUGGGUGUUCAAGCAGGCAGUCAGUCAGGGCAUCUCUGUGGUGGAGACCGUCGACCAGAUCUUGGAUGCUCAGAAUGCCAAUGUUCCUGUCGUGGCCAGACGCUGCAUUGGAAAAGCCGUGACCCAGCUUGGUAUUCAACAUUACCACAGCCGCUCUUUUCAGAAGGCAGGCAAACAUAAGAGUGUGACCGCGGAGGUGCGCAUGAGCAGUUCUGUGUGUGAUGAGAGAUGUGACUACUUUGUCAUCAAACUCAACAAGCGUGGCUUCCACCCCAAGACAAUGUAUUUGCUCAGGGGUCAGAGUGUGAUGUGGACGUGGAAGGGCUCUGAUGAGGACCACAACAUUAUACACGUGACUGACCCAGACAGUGAUGCACCUAUGAAUGUCAUCCAAGGCCCGCGAUCCUUCAACAGUGGAAAACUUAUUGCAAACAACAGCUUCCUCUACACCUUUGAUGAGCCUGGAAGUUACGCUGUCGCCUCUCAGGGGGCUCCUGGCUUCUCAUGUGUCGUGCACAUUCUUGAAGAAGCUGCCCGCUCAAGUGAGCCGUACAUCACGUCAGAGAAAACUGGAGGUACCAUGGAGAGGUACACUCGUAUUGACCUGGCCACCAAAACUGCAGGGGCAGAAAUUUACUACACGACUGAUGGCUCUCUCCCUGCUCUACAUCAUGAUGCAACAAAGCACUACCACACAGACAAAGGCAUCCACUUGAGGGAAUCCGGUCUGUGCUUUGUGCGUGCGAUUGCUGUGAAACCAGGACAGCUGCAAAGCCACCCAUUCACGUCCAGGCGUUUCUGGGUGUUGUCAGAGGGAGACAAUGAGGUCUCUAUGGAUGACAACUCUAACUCCCAGGAAGUUGAAGCCAAAGAGACAACGUCCUGGGACUGGUGGGGCUGUCGCCCACACAUCCGCGGAUGUUUCACAGGACCCGGCAUCCUCGAAGUCUUCUGGGAGGUUCCAUCCAAUGAGGCUGCCAGAAGCCAGAUCAAGGGGUAUCAAGUGUUCCUGAACGGCAUCAGCUACUGCGACAUGUUCCCUCCCUCCAACAACAGCCUCAACAUCGCAGGCCUAGCAGGAGGAACAACCUACAAAAUUUAUGUUGAGGUCUACCCCAAAGAUAAGAAAAAUGUGGUUCAGGAAUCGAACAGUCUCAACCUUGAAUGUCCCACGGAGAAUGCCAAUGGUGGUCCCAUCAUUUCGCUCGUCAAAACUGACAAGACAGACAGUCUGGCCAUUGUUUGGAUGUCUGUGGACAAACCGGAGGUUCCCAUCGACGGAUACCUCAUCUUUCUCAAUGAUCAACAGUGUGGGCCAAAGUUGGUGCCUGAUCCCGACUCCAACAGAUGCAAAGUUGUAAUUGGAAGCUGUGAGCUCAAUGCUGACUACAAGAUAUAUGUGCAAGCUUUGAUUGCAAAUUCCACAGACAAGCGCAUGUCCAAUGUGCUGGAAGUACGUCUGCCUCUGGAUGUGUCUCGUUUCCGCUAUCCUCCGGUCAAGGAACGGCUGGAUGAGAAAGAUCUGUACCUUGAGUAUAUUGAAAUCGCAGAAGGUUCUGGAUAUUUGGCCAGUAUGGAUGCCCCUGACAACCCAAUCUGGGAAACUGAGACAGACACAACCUCAGGCGAGGAGGAAGAGGACGACAGGAGGAAGUCGAAAAAGAAGCGUCGCACCAAUGUCUCGAGCUUAGAUAAAAGCCAAGCCAAACAACAAGUGGUGAGCUCCGACUCAGAGACCGAGUCCUCAGACACGAGCACUGAGGAAUCCAGCUCAGAGACCAAUGAAGUCCAGAGACGUGCCCCGAGCGCCCUUCCCGGUGGCUCUAACUUCUUCACUAAGACCACGCCCAGAGAGGUGGAGGCACCAGUGGCUCAGGCUAAGCUACAGGAGUCCUCGGACUCAGAAGCUGAUAGCGAUGUUGGCACAGGCCGCGCAGGGAAACAUGCGGUCAUCCUGGAUGCAAGCCGCAAUCAGACAACGGAUACCAAGCAGUCCCAGGUUUCCUACGAGAGGCAAGACUUUGAGGAAGAGAAAGCGGAGCGUGUGGCCCUCCUGGGCUCUGCCAGAGAUACUGACGACACUGGUGGUCACAGCCAGCCUCUCCAAGGCAGCGGCAUGGCCAUCAUCGAAGUGCAGAAGACUGUUGCUCUGGACAAGACAGGACGUGAGAUGAAAGCCACUGGGGAUAUUGCGGAGAAGACCAAGCUGGCUGUGUCUACAGAGAAAACCACAAUGAUGCGUGUGGGAGAAGGAGAGGUGAUUCCGGGAGACUCGGAUGGCCUUCUGCCUGCACCCUCUAUCAUGGUCAUGUCUCAAGGACGCCACAGUGUGCAGGUCAACUGGGAACUCACGGACAAGAUUGGGCCUCAGUACAAACCGCUGAUGUUUGUGGUCAAUGCUGUUGGUACAAAGUUUGACAGCAGCAUCAACAGUGACAUCAGUUUUGAAUGCAACUUGGUUGAAAAAGGCAAACAAGUCCGUGGUGUUCAGCACUGCUGGAAUGUCCAGAAUGGACAGCAGUGUCUUAUCAAUGGACUCCACUCUGGCAACACGUACCGUAUCUACGUCAUUGCAAACUAUUCCAUGAUCCAAGGGAAGAAACCCUGUGAGAUUCAAACCACAUCAGCUGUCCUCUACUACACCACCAUGGGCCCACCCAAGUCUCCUGUCCUACGUGUCAUGCGUGUUGAUGCUUACCAGGCAUGUUUGGAGUGGGAAGAGCCUGUGAUGGAGAACGGCAUGAAGCUGAAGGGUUACCAGAUCUAUGUGGAUAGGAAGCCUCUGGGCGGCCGACGUAGCCCGGAUAUUCGGCAAAUGGUCAUCAACAACCUCGUGCCUGGCAAGACGCUCAGUGUUUAUGUGGUGGCAGUGUCUGAGUUUGCUGACCAGGAGAGCGAGCCAUCCCAAACUUUACACAUCAGUUGCCCGCUCCGACCGCCUGCACCAUCCAUAUCGCAGCAACCCUCGUACAAGCGAGGCUGUGUCCUCAUGGCAUGGAACAAGCCAACAGGUCAUACUUACUCAUCCAAUGAUGAGGCAGUCACAUUCUACAGCAUUUUCAUUGAUGGCAAGUGGCAUGGCGAGGUCAAGGCCAAUAAGAUGAGCGACAGUCAAGGCUACCAGUUCUUCCUGACUGACCUGUCACCAGAGCAGAGCUAUGAUGUUUCAGUCAAGACCGUUGCUGGUGAGCGUCGCAUCGACCCUCAGUCUCAGCACAUCUACUGUCUGAGCGAGAGCCCGAUGUCCAACAUUGUACCAGUUAUGGCCCCUGCUGCACCCAAGUCCCCCAAGCUGCGCCUAGAAGGCCUUCACCCUGACGGAAUUGACGUUACCUGGCAAGUGCCUCAGCAGUGUGGAGAUGCCUACAUCUCGGGUUACCAAAUGCUGAAGAAUGGAAAGCUUUACGGCUCCAUCAUCCCUCCGGAUGUGAACAGUUUGCGCAUUCGAGAUGUGACCUUGGGCGAGAAGAUUGAGCUCCAGCUGAUAGCCCUGACUGAGCAUCCUGUCGGCAAAUCUGACAGAAAGUCCACGGAUGGGGACAAAGAUUCUGGUAUUGGGGGAUCGUCGCACCCAGAGGACAGAGUGACUGCAUCACCAGUGUCUCACCGCUCCCCACGAGCCAAACCUCGGUUAAUCACAUUCACCAAAGAAAUAUCAAGCAGAGAUUGCCCUCAGGCCCUUCAGGACGUGUUCACGGGCGAACGUUACGCCGGUUGCAAGCCUGGACCCAAGCUUGUCGUCCACUAUACAGGGCUGGUGUGUGCGCCCACCGAGGUCUGGUGUGAGAAGGCCACUGGUCACUCUGCCCUGGUCGUCUGGAAGAAACUGGAUGAGUCCAAGGCGCAUUACCUGAGGCCUGACAGCUACCAGGUCACGUGGUGGCCAGGGGACAGACCUCAGGAGGAGAUUCAGAGUGACAGCACUACAGAGGACCACUUGCUGAUCACUGGCCUGAGGCCGUCCAUUUCGUACACUAUUGUUGUUGAGGCUCGCAAGAUGGAGAAGUACACAGACAUGGAUGAAGGAGCUUCAUCUGCGAGGGAAACCCCAGACGGCCUCAACGCUUUCAUCCUGUCCUCCAAGUCAGAGCAGCUGCUGGUGAAGACAGCCAGCCCACCAGAACCUCCCACCAAUGUUGGCGUGGUGGCCAUGACCUGUCACAGCCUGAAGGUCGGCUGGGAUCCCCCCAGAGAACACGGCUCAGAGAUUAUAGCCAUCCGUGUAGAGUGCAUCUCUCUAGACCCUCAGAACUCCCACCACAUUGCAGUGGACACACUUCCAGAUGCUACAAUUGCAGAUGUCAAUGGCUUACAUGAGAAGACAGAUUAUCUCCUCAAAGUUAUUGCAGUGACAGAGGAGUACUUUGACCGACUGCCUGAGAAACAUCGGCACAAACGCCUGCGAGGUUUCCCGCAGGAUGUGAUGGCUUCACAGGAGGAAUCCCCAUGGCUGCCACACUCUAGCAUCCUUAUCAAAACAUCGGGCACGGAAUCCCCAACAAACAUCCGAGUCAUGAAGGCCACCACAACCUCCUUGACCCUGACCUGGACACCCCCUCUGGUGCAUGGCUCCAACAAGCUGACCGGUCAGAUCGUGCGAUGGUCGGAUGUGAAGAAAUCUCGGCGUGCAGACCAUGAAGACCUGCAAAUUGCAAGCCAUGUAAACCUUCUGCCUACUGAAGACACACUGACCAUUGAGGACCUGGUGCCUGGUGCCCAGUACAAAGUGGUCAUUGAGGCUGUGGUCAGUGUGAAGACGUCCUUGGACCUUGACAAGUGGGAUGGUAACAACAUCGAAAAGUUCCGACGCACGGCUCACGUUAUGUCAAAACCGUUCUUUACAAGAACGCGUGCUCCCAUUGAACCACCCAAAGUUCAGGUGACCUCGUACACUCAGAUGAGUGCAACACUGUACUGGGAGAAGCCACCGCUCAUGUCUGUGGUGGGCAAGGAUGAAGAAGACAACCCAAAGUAUCUUCGCAGAUAUCUGCAAGGCUACAAACUGGAGAUCAACGGCAAACUUCAAUGCUGCUUGGGGCCAGACUCGAACUCCUGCACACUGACCAAGUGCAAGCCUGGCCGUACUUACAAUGUUGUGCUGGUGGCCAUGACAUGCACUGACGAGGGAAAAAAAGCUCGCAAACAGAAGUACAAGAGCUACUUCAAAAGCAUGGAGACCAAAGAGGUGGACUACAUGGCUCUUCUGCAGGAUGAUGACAACCUGGAUGAGUCACCUUCUGAGCCACUGGAAGUCAUUCUGCCCAAGGACCAGGAAGGUUUCCUGAAGACUUUAGAGGCUAAGUUCCUUCCACAAAUGGAGCGUGACAACAAAACGUUUGGAGACAUUGAGCUGGCAUGGACGGUACAGGGCAAAACGAAUCUCCUGAAACAGUUCAACAUCAUCUGGUACAGCAUUGAUGACAGAGUCAUCCAGACCAAAUACGUCGGCCCAGAGCAGCGCAGAUGUACAAUCCCUGUCACGCGAAUCAAAACCGUGUACCACAUGAAGGUGGAGCCUGGUUACUACACUGACGUGUUACCGCAGCCCUCGCAGGAAGUUCAGGUGAUGAUCCCAGGACCUCCUGAUGCACCAGAGAUCUUCCUACGCUCCCUGGAUGUGGACGAGUUCUGUAUUGAAUGGGGAGAGCCGCGUCUGUUUGGUGGAGUCAAGAUCAAGGGAUAUCAGGUUUUCCUCAAUGACAAAAAGGCCGGGAAUGAACUCAAUGCUAACCAUAACAAGGCGACCAUUCCAUGCAGACCUAACAGGACCUAUCGUGUGAAUGUGGUGGCACUGAGUGACAAACCCGACUACGGAGACUCAGCCCGGUCAAACACGCUGGUGGUCAACCCGUCAGGACAGGGGGACACCACCCCGCACCAGGACGACUGGGUGGUGGAUGACGCAGGCAUCCCGGUCAAAGUGUCUAAAGUGACAGAGAACGGCAUCCAUCUGGACUGGAGUCGUUUCGUGGAAACGGAUGACGUAUCCUUCUAUAAGAUUCAGUGGAGCAGCGUGGCACAGCCAGAGCAAAGAGAAGUGCGUCUGUCAGAGAAAGACUCCAACUGUGUGAUCAACAAGUGCCUACCUGGAACCACUCACUUUGUGAGGAUUGUGGCCUUCAACGCUAAUGGACAAAUCUUGGAGAAAUCCAAACAGCUGACAGUUCAGACGUCUGCUCCCCCCGAUGCACCAAAAUUGUCUGUCAGAGCAUGCAACUUCCGCUACGUGGCUAUUCAGUGGGACAAACCAACCACGUACGGAGAUGCUUUGGUUACUGGGUACAAGGUGUACGUGAAUGGCAUUGUGGAGGCUGUGCUCAAUGCGGACCAGCUCAACUACACAUACACCCAGGGCAAGUGGUGUCACGAGUAUGCCUUCCAAGUGCAGGCCCUGACCCCAGGGGAUCUCCUGAACAGCAAACCCUCGGAACCACUUGUGGUGACAUGGCCUGGCUCUAAAGCCCCGGCUAUCAAACGCCUGCCCUCAGUGAGUAGCUCAACACUACGCGUGGGCUGGGACGAGCCGUACCUCACAGAAGGACUCAAAGUCAAACAUUAUAAGCUGUGCUGUGUGGAGGAGGACACAGAGAAGCUGGUACAGAGUGUAGGGCCCAUACACCCAGACUCUCGAGAGGCAGAGUUCAAGAACCUGAAGAAGGGGAACUACUCGGUCUACCUUGAAAUUUAUCUGUAUGGCACUGAUACUGUCAUAAGGUCAGAGGUCAUGCGUAUGCAACCUGCCCUGUCCCCUGACCCUCCACAAACGACUGUCACUUUGGUUGGUCUGGAAGAACGACGACAAAUUGAGAAGUUUACCUGUGACCUGGUCAACAAACGUGACAGACUAAUCAGACAAGUGGGUCACAAGCUGAAGAGAAUCGGAGCUCUGUCUCACCCGCUACGGGCUGAGAAGAACGAGGACGUUGUGUUCAGCGCCCACUCCCUGACCCGGAUAGAAGAGCUCUUAGAGGACUGUUUCAACGCGCUGGAGAACUACACAGGUCAGCUGACAGCACACGUGAGCUGGCAGUGCCCGCAGUCCAACCCUGACAUCCAGCUGAGUGGAUACAAGGUCCUAGUGGAUGGAAAGCAGUAUGGGAGCCCCAUGCACAGUGGAGUGCGCACCGUCAAGAUACAGUUGGGUCUGGAGCAGCCCAGUUAUCGACUGACCAUGGUUGCGACCAGUGAAAAGCCCCAAGGCAGCAGUGCUGAGUCUAACACAGUUGAAAUACUCAGCAUGCCCUUCAAGCCGUUCUCCUUCUAUUGUUACAACGCAAUACACAGCAAGGACUCCAAGUACCCAGCUUACGGCUGCUGUAAGUACCAGGACUCAAUCUCCUAUGAGAGGCAAGUGGCAAAGAAACUGGCCAAUCAGGGUCUCCUCCACAAACAGGUCCCGCCCCCAUCCUGCAGCCUUCUGGACAUAUUUGAUGGAGAGUACAAGCCCCUUAUGUCCUGCCACAGCGCACGGGUCCCGACGGUCAUCUUGUUUUGGACACCUUGGUGUCUCUCCUCCCAGAAAAUUAUGGAUUUCUACAUCCGCUUUGCUCGAGAUAACACCAAAGAGAUGACGUUUAUGGCAGUGACAUGUGGUGUAUCUGGGACAAGUGCUGACAGUCGCAAAAACCUGGCACACACCAUUACGUCCAACAGCUGGCGUGAGGACAAGGUUGUUUGGCAUGUCACUUCAGAGUGUGCCUCCAAUGUCUACGAAACAAUGAACAGCAUCAACAGAUACAAUUCAGGUCAGAAAUUUGAGGCUGAGAGUGUGCGGGAGAAGUACAUGGACCUUACAGAGGUGCUGGGAAUUGCAGGAGUGCCCACCUUUCUCUUUAUCCACCCUGAUGGUCACAUUGCUUGGCAUGGCCGCUACUGUGCCUUUGACUAUGCAGCGUUCGAUGCCUUUAUGCGAUGCACCAAGAGUGAAGUGGUGCGCCAACCGUGCCCCGUGUUCAACUGUGACCUGUGUAAGAGUGACACGACUGUGGAUGAGGAUGCCAUGACUCUUCAGAUGCCUCAUUUGAGUUCAUCUCAGACACGAUCUGCCGCAACCCGCGCUGCCUCGCCUGACAGUAUGGACAUGGGCUCUCGUCCAGACAUGAAAUAUGCAGCUCUCAGUGGCUACACCGAUAAUGUCACUGGCACUGAGCGUGUCUUUGUGUCCCCGAAGGCUCGACCAAAGAGUCCCAAAGUGCGAAGGAAACGCAGCAACAUAUCUGUUAACAAGCGGCCGUACUCCGCAUCGGGCGCAUCUGCUGCUCUGGAUCGCUCACCUUAUCUAGCUUGUGUUGCUCCUCACAUACACCAACCGCACACAGUGAAAACUAGGCCUGCAAGUGCAAAGAAACUGAUACAUUAUGUGUAGUCGACAUAGUAUACGUUUCUUUCUCCAUUUGGAAUUUGUUAAAAUAAAUAUGGAGUAUACCUGAGAUAAGUAUUUUGUUAAGCUGGAAAAAGCAAACGAAUUCUGUGUAAUCUGUAGUCACAGAGAAAGUAGGAUGGCUGAUUUUUAUCAUUCAUAUUGCUUUUUGGAAGAACACGAUAAAUUCAAUUAAUGUUGGGAGAUAAUUGCAGACACAUCUGAAAAAUCAUUACUAUACUCAUGGAACAAGAGAGACGAUUAAAUUUUUGGAAGCAUUUAUCGCACUAUGCCAGAACAUCACAGUCUCUUUGGUAGUAUACCUUGUCUGUUAUCACUAAGGCUCACCGCUUAGUUUGACAAUCAUUGUGUGUUUUCUUAUAAAGAUUAGCAAAGGCGCAGACUAUAACGCCCAUCUGUAUGUAUCUAUAUUUUGCAUAAUGACAAAAGUCUAUUCAAUAUUUGUUUCAAUUCAUAAUUUUACAGAGCUUCAUACAAACACCAAAAAAGCCAAGGAUUUUCAUUUGAAAGUUCAAAGGUUGUGACUUUUUUUUUACGUUCCCAUUCAUUAGCAGGGGUGUGUUCCCCGCAUUUAGUCAGUCUUUGCAAGGUGAAGCUGAAGGCUUCUGUUGAACACACCAUAAAUACUACUUGAAAGCUCAUGUUCUCAUCCUGUCACUGUUGUAUUAUUUAGCUGUAUAUGCAUUCCUAGAGAGCAGAUAAAAUUAUAUUUUCUACCAUCUGUUCUACUGCUGAGGAUAUUAUUACUCUAUAUUAUUAUUAUGACUUCUAAGUGCCAAUGAACAAUAUUUUUUUUAGUGACCCUCUGUAUGUUUCUGCAUAAACUGUAUUUUAUGACAUGAACAUGAUUCGUUGUUCGUUCUCUUGUCAACUCUUGUGAUAAAUUCUCAAUUGACCAGGAAAAUUAAAAACUGGGCUUAUGAUUGUUUCACUGAGGAGAAAUAUUUCUUUUCCUUUUUCUUGUCUCAUGUCUGUGCUUUCUCUCCCCUGUGCUGUAAGAAUCUGCUGUAUUUGUGCCUUACUAACCGACUGCCUCCAAAUCCAAAGCUGUGCAGUGUAAGCACCAUGAGUCCCUCUCUGGUAAGAAUUGAGUCCAGGGGGAAAAAGUAGGUCAUGUCAAGGUUUGUUGUGAUGCUUUUGUAAAUUUAUUAAAUAAAUUAAAUAUCCCGAGAUGAAGUGCAGUGAGAAGGAGGGAGAAAGAGAGCCCACCAGAACUUCUCGUUUGCAAGAAAGAACUGGGCAGGAAAUCACUGUUCUUACGAUGGAGUGUAUCCCUAUUCAAUUGUUGUUGUUUUUUGCUUGAUACCAUGGACAAAACCUAUGGGUUUGAGUUUGAUCCGUUAUAUAUAUAUACACUGUAAUACUUUAAUUACUACUACUACUACUACUACUAUAUAAUGGUUCCGUAUAUUCACAUUUGAGUAUCAAAAUCAAAAUAUUUGUUUACGAUGAUUGUCUUUUGCAAUUAUCUCGUGUUAAUCACUAACAUGACCAUCACCAUUUUAUCAAUUCUAUGUUUCCUUUUUAAAGUGACUUUUAAAUCCUAGGUUGAAAAACCUUGACUUGUAUUUUUUACGUGAUAUUUCAAGACAGCUGUGAUACAAAAAUUAACAUAGUGGUGACCUUUUUGCUGAGAUCUUUGUAUAUUGUAUAUAUACAUAUAUGGCUUUACAUGCAGACAAGAUGUGUGUGUGUGUGUGUGUGUUAGCCUGUAGGGAUUUUUCUAUCUAUACAUUUUACACGUAUUUUGCUGACACUCAAGUUUACUAAUUACGUAAAUCACUGCAUCACUUUUACUGUACUUUUUAUUUCUCCAUUUUUUUUUUGGCACCGACAUGACGGACAAACUGUUAAUCUGGAGACCAUCUUUAAUGUUGUUGAAUUUUUGUUAACUUUUUAAAAACUUAUGCAGAACAGAUGAUGGACUCAUAUUUGUCUGUGAUAAACAAAACUAGAACACUUUAAGUCACAAAACUUUCUAUGUGUUUUGGCUACAUAUUUAUUUUUCAUGCACCGAAAAUAAUAUUCUGAUUCUUACUGUCUGUUGUCAUUUCUUGCAUUAUAUAAGAUUUUAAAAUAUAACUGCCUCUGUCAAAAUGAAAAACUGUUCGAAAAUGAUAAAAGGUACAAACAGAUUUUAAAUCGAAGCAUACUUUUUACAAAAUGUUGGCUUCUUAUUCACUUUCUGUGUGGGUCACUAAUUGUCACACAAUAACAGUACCAGAGUACCCUUUCUUCAGCAUGUCCAAAAAUUGACUUGGGUAUUUAUCUUGAACAGAUGACAAAUGUAUUCUCUAAUGUUCUCUUGUUAGUUUAUAUAUAUAUAUAUAUAUAUUGUUACAUACUUAGAUUGAGGAAGUUCUAUCUUCGUGUUUUGAUCAAACUGAGGCAUACGCGACAAACUACUUCUACCAUAGUAGCAGCAUCAAACAGAUUGUUUGAAAAAAGUUUUCUCUCAUUAAAAUUUGUUCAAGUUACAGGCAUGAAAAUUAUAAAAUACACAGCAUGGGUUUGGAAACUCCUCAUUCUAAGAGUGUGUGGUGCUAAGCUGGAAGGAGGCAGAUGUUGAAUCCUCCUACUGUGUAAGAAUGCCCUGACAACUGAUGAUGCACGUCGCUUCCUGUAGACAUUCUGACUAAUCUGAUUUUUCAAUAUUUUCAAGUUGACAGAGGCUUUCUUUGUUUUCCCCUUCUUGGCCCUUCUACUUGUACUACCCAUGUCCUCGAAUUCCCAGUGAAAAACUGCAAAUUGUAAUUCUUUUAAUCACUUUUAGAGAAUAAAAUAUCUAAUUAUAGUA